AUGGAAGACAGCUACACCGAUGAACUCAUGGGCAGGCAGUAUCGACCAGUAGGGACCCGAUUACUGGGAUCGCCUCGGAAGACGGGGAAGGGGAGCCGUGAAGACAUGAAAGAUGCCCAGGAUGUUUCAAGUGCCAAGGAAUCACUGUCAUCAAGUGGGCAUGAUGUUAAAGCAGAAGGAAAGCCCUUUCAGGAGAAGAAAAGCAGUCUAAUACCCAACAAUAUCAAGGCCAAGCAUGGCACAUCUGUGGUGGAAAAACUGGUCUCUGAGGAGCAGGCUCGCCGGACUCUCUGCGAGGCUGGACUGAUUCAAGGGCAGAAGAGACUCAGUGACUGGACAUUUAAGCCACUAGAGAACCCGAUGGCGACGUCACCUUAUGCUGAUUAUUAUGAACUAGGUUACAACUUGAGGUCCAACAUUUUCCAAGGAGGCCCACUAGAAAGCAAGAGCUUGAUGAAGGAUUCCUAUACCCCAGAUGUGAUAAAGAGGGCAGUCCGGGACCCCAAGCACUGGCAUGGAAGGAAAACGGACGAUCUAGGGAGAUGGUUCCAGAAAAAUGCCCUAAACCUUAACCUGCAAAAAGCUCUGGAGGAAAAAUAUGGGGAGAAGAACAAAGGCAGCAAAUCCUAAGAACACAUAAGAGAGGGAUGA